CAAAGCACAUCGACUGGUCACUGGGGUUCCUCAGGGAUCAGUUCUUGGACCCCUCCUCUUCUCCACAUACACUACAUCACUGGGUCCCAUCAUACAGGCACAUGGAUUCUCCUACCACUGCUACGCUGAUGACACACAGCUCUACCUCUCUUUUCAACCAGAUGAUCCAACGGUAGCUGCAAGGAUCUCAGGUUGCCUGGCAGACAUCUCGGCAUGGAUGAAAGAACAUCACCUCCAGCUCAACCUGGCAAAGACUGAGCUUCUUGUCCUUCCUGCCACUCCGACUCUACAGCAUGACUUCAUGAUCCAGUUAGGUUCAUCAACAAUAACCCCAUCAACUUCGGUCAGAAAUCUUGGUGUAAUCUUUGAUGAUCAGCUGACCUUCAAAGACCACAUUGCAAAGACUGCUCGAUCUUGCAGGUUUGCACUACACAACAUCAGAAAGAUCAGGCCCUUUCUGACAGAGCAUGCUGCACAACUUCUUGUCCAGGCCCUUGUCACUUCUAGGCUGGACUAUUGCAAUGCUCUUCUGGCUGGACUUCCAUCAAACACAGUCAAACCUCUACAAAUGAUUCAGAAUGCGGCGGCACGACUGGUCUUCAAUGAGCCCAGAAGAGCCCAUGUUACACCUCUCUUUAUCUCCCUGCACUGGCUACCAGUCGCGGCUCGCAUCAAGUUCAAGACACUGAUGCUUGCAUAUAGAACAACCACUGGCUCAGCACCCGCUUACUUGCACUCUCUAUUAAGAACUUACAUCCCUCCAGAAAUCUGAGAUCUGCUAGUGAGCGACGCCUCGUGGUACCAUCACAGAGAGGCUCAAAAUCACUCUCCAGAACAUUCUCGUUCACCAUUCCUGGCUGGUGGAAUGAUCUUCCCACCCAUAUUCGGAGUACUGGAUCCCUGUCAAUCUUCAAGCAACAGCUGAAAACUCAUCUCUUUCGACACUACUUGACUUCAUCCUAAACUUGAAAAAAAAAAAAAAAAAAACUCUCUUUACUUAUUCCUUCCCUUGCUAGCUUGUACUUAUUUGAACAAUGCCUGAGACUUGGUGUUGCAAGCACUUCGUCUGUAUGAUUGCCUCUUCAAGAUGAAUCGCUUUAUGUAUUCCCCAAUUACAGUGCAGUUCAUUUGUUUUGAUUUCUCCACGAGAUUCUCUCACAUAGACAGAGGCUGCGUGAUCUUCAACUGGCGCGACCUUGUUGUUACUGAUUAUCCAUUAUCAGUCGCAGUUUACACCGAAUAAAAUCUGCUUGUCCUGGAUGAGCAUUAAUGUCUAGCUCUGUUACUGUAUAUACAAUUCAACCCGCCAGAGUGGCUGAUUGACUGUGUUACCCGCCACAGCUGAAAUCCACCCACAUUUGGCAGAGUUGAUUGGAGAUAAUGAAGAGAAAGAAGAAUUCUGAGGAGAGAAUUAAUGUCAGAAGUGUAGAAAAACCCAAACAGAAAGAUUUAAGGAAAAAAAGGGCCAUGAAAUAUUUCACCUGCACUCAGUGUGGAAAGACUUUUGCUUCAGCGGGCGGUUUAAAAACGCAUGAGAGGAUUCACACUGGAGAGAAACCUUACAAGUGUGAUCAGUGCGGGAAGAGAUUCAUUCAGUCAGGAUCCCUGAAAAGACAUGAGCGGUUCCACCGUGGAGAAAAGCCUUACGCAUGUGAUCAGUGCGGCAAAACAUUUUCGAGAGAUUCAGUCCUAAAACAGCACCUGGUAGUUCAUACUAAGGAGAAGCCACAUUCAUGUAAUUUGUGUGGAAAUAAGUUUUCACAUCGACAAAGUUUGAAAGAACAUGAGAAAAUACACACUGGUGUGAGAGAGUACAUGUGCUUUGAGUGUGAGAAGACUUUUACUACUGCAAAGAGUUUAAAGCUGCACCAGAGGAUUCACACUGGAGAGAAACCUUACAAGUGUUCACACUGUGACAAGAGAUUCAGACUGUCAGCAUUUUUGAGAACACAUGAGAUGAUUCACACUGGAGAGAAACCUUACACAUGUGAUCAGUGCGGGAAUAGAUUCACACUAAAAGCAAACCUUACGGACCACAUGAGAGUUCAUACAGGAGAGAGACCGUUCACUUGUGAUCAGUGCGGGAAGAGUUUCUCAUACUCAUCAACCCUUAAGGUACACAUGGACCUCCACACUAGAGAGAACCUGCACACAUGUGAUCAAUGUGACAAAACAUUUUUAAGAGCUUCAUACCUGAAGAAACACCUGAUAGUUCAUACAAAGGAGAAGCCAUAUUCAUGUCAUUUGUGUGGAAAUAAGUUUUCACAUCGACAAAGUUUGAAAGAACAUGAGAAAAUACACACUGGUGUGAGAGAGUACAUGUGCUUUGAGUGUGAGAAGACUUUUACUACUGCAAAGAGUUUAAAGCUGCACCAGAGGAUUCACACUGGAGAGAAACCUUACAAGUGUUCACACUGUGACAAGAGAUUCAGACUGUCAGCAUUUUUGAGAACACAUGAGAUGAUUCACACUGGAGAGAAACCUUACACAUGUGAUCAGUGCGGGAAUAGAUUCACACUAAAAGCAAACCUUACGGACCACAUGAGAGUUCAUACAGGAGAGAGACCGUUCACUUGUGAUCAGUGCGGGAAGAGUUUCUCAUACUCAUCAACCCUUAAGGUACACAUGGACCUCCACACUAGAGAGAACCUGCACACAUGUGAUCAAUGUGACAAAACAUUUUUAAGAGCUUCAUACCUGAAGAAACACCUGAUAGUUCAUACAAAGGAGAAGCCAUAUUCAUGUCAUUUGUGUGGAAAGAGUUUUUCGUGUCCAGAAUAUUUAAAAGAUCAUCAGAAAGUUCACACUGGUGUGAGAGAGUACAUGUGCUUUGAGUGUGAAAAGACUUUUACUGCAGCGAGCAGUUUAAAACUGCAUGAGAUGAUUCACACUGGAGAGAAACCUUACAAGUGUUCACACUGUGACAAGAGAUUCAGAGAUUCAGGAGCUCUGAAAACACAUGAGAGGAUUCACACUGGAGAGAAACCAUGGAAGUGUUCACACUGUGACAAGAGAUUCAGUCAGUUAGGAAAUCUGAAAACACACGAGAGGAUCCACACUGGAGAGAAACCGUUCACAUGUGAUCAGUGCGGGACGAGUUGUGCAAGAAAAGAAAGCCUUACGACACACAUGAGAGUUCACACUGGAGAGAAACCUUACACGUGAUCAGUGCGGGAAGAGUUUCUCUUCACACCUUAAGGAUCACAUGAACAUCCACACUGGAGAGAAACCUUACAAGUGUUCACACUGUGACGAGACUCAGUAUGUCAGCAAUAUGUUUAAUUAGCAGGAUUGUAAGAAUAGUAACACCAUUAAAACCUUACAGAUAUCCAUCCAUUCAUACUUGUAAGUCAGUAGGAGAGAGAUCCAGCUCAUUAGUUUUCACUUUUACUUCGCUCAUUUUUGUAUUUGCUGAUGAAAAGCUAUUAAAUGUAAUUAUUAAUUAAAUGUUACCUUUUUAUUAAUUCAUUGUUAUCUUUACUUUUUAUAUUUUGUCAACAACUUUUGUGGUCUGCUAAUUGUAUUUUAAUCAGGAAAAAGUAAUUUUAUUUUAGUUGUAAUAUCUAAAAGCCAUGAAGUAUUACAAUUGCUUUUUGGGCUUUUAAAUUUGUCAAUAAAGCUUUUAUUUGCUUAAUAAACUAUAUUUUACUCCACACAUGAGUGAUAUUGAAU